CUCGGCUCCAACAGCAAACCACAACAACUUUGACGUUUGUUUGAUUGCAUCACAUGUUAAUAAUAAUCAUAUAAAUAAUAUUUACCCAGUUUACCGACAUAUUUUAAUUUAAUUAAUCCAAAUUAAACUGAUCCAAAUCCCAUUUUAUUGUAUCGCUCACCAUUUCCACAUUUCUCCCAUUCGACUCCCAUUUAAUACUUUGUCCCUGUCCGGAACAAGUUUGACUUUGGUCGUGGUUGUUGGAUUUUCGACUAAACGACGAUCUAAAAUUUAGAAUCUUUCCUCAUUUAACAUCUAUUUUGACAGGUGACUGGUGACAAAACGACCACUAUUACGAGAGGAAGGUUGUAAAAGCAAGUUGUAUGUACUGGAAAUGAAUUUGCCGUCUCCUUUGAAAGAACCAGUCAUGGGCCUAGUUGAAAUCGAAGUCUGCUCAACACCAGAUUCAGAUUCGACGUUGGAACUCGAAAGUCAUUUUGACUUUGACUUAUCUGCACGGACAGAUCCCAACCGUGUCGUGUACACAUGGGCAAAGAAGGAGCGCAAAAAACUGAGUCCCCCCAUAAAGAAAGUUGCGUGGGCCACUGUUUUGGAGAAAGUUGAAUACACCGAGGAAGAUGAUGGUGACAAAGACGACGACGAAGACAAUGAAGACGACAAACCAACUUUAGAAAGUGACGAAGAUGAACUAUUUACAGAAAAAACCGUUCAGACGCCAUCGCCAGAACAAGAUUCGGUCAAGAUGAAGGGGAAAGAGGCAUUCAGACAGUAUAUAUCUCAGAAGUACGUCAAUCAGACGGAAAGAUAUAUCUUCAGCAGUUUGGAUCGACCUGUUUGUGUGCCAUUUAAUGAUCGUCUCCCUUUCAUCAACGUGAUUAACUGUUUUUCCAUCAUUAAACAGCGAGAUUGUGUUUCUCUCAAGAUUUGCAACCAGAUCAAAAAGCAAGAUGCUACCUUACAGAAGAGGAUAAAAAACAACGGCAGAGGCGAGAGCAACGCUUUAUAAUUAAUUAAUUCCGACUGAACGUUACAUUCCAGAAUCUCGUCUAUUUUCAUACUCCUUAGCUUGAAUUGUCGACAUUUGAGAAAUCAUUUCGUUUUGUAGUUUUUUGUGGCGUAGCGAUGGGGAAUUUUAUGUAUUAUUAAUUUCCGGCUUUUCCGUAUACAUAACCUAGUUUAUACAUAUGACAUCCAACUUCAUAUAUGUAUUUUUAAUGCUUAUUCAUUAAAUGUGACGAUUGGUUUAAAUAUUCAAUCAAUUCAAAUGUAAA